GAAUUGUAGUGAGAGGGAGGGAGAGCGCGUGGGGAUGGGGUGAAAGAAGAAAGGGGGAGAGGGCUUAAAAAGAGUAGUGAGCUGUGUGGGUCCCACCACCCAUGUGCCCUCCUUCCUGUCUCCACCAGCUCCUGCCGCUCAAUGAUUAGCUCUCUGUUCCCUCUUCCCUUCUAAACCAAAAACCCUCUCUUUCUCUCUCUAACCCUAGCACCAACAACAUCAACCUCCAUUUUUUCAAACCUUUACUUUCUCUCUCUAUCACCCCCCUUCUUCACUUUACUUUUACUUCCCUUACUCCUUCAUGUCUAAUUCCGACGCUGCCACUAACGGCGUUACUAACGGCGCUAUUAUUGACCCCCAGCGACAGCAGCCCCCCGGGAAUGGCACUCUCGCCGUCAAGAAGCCUCCCUCCAAGGACCGUCACAGCAAAGUCGACGGUCGCGGUCGAAGAAUCCGCAUGCCCAUCAUUUGCGCCGCACGUGUCUUUCAGUUGACUCGUGAGCUCGGUCACAAAUCCGACGGUCAGACCAUCGAGUGGCUCCUCCGCCAAGCUGAGCCUUCCAUCAUAGCCGCUACCGGUACCGGGACCACCCCGGCUAGCUUCUCCACCGUCUCCGUGUCCGUGAGAGGCGGCGCGAAUUCCACUUCGUUGACAUCCACGGUUUCGUCUUCCGCUAGUUUCACCGCUUCCUUGGAUCAUAAGCCCUCGUCGAUGAGUCCCACGCCCUUCAUUCUCGGGAAACGGGUGAGGGCUGACGAUGAUGGGACCAAGGGUGGGGACGAAAAUACAAUCACUGCCGUGGGGCCCACGCCGGUGGGGUCGAUUGUGGGGCCUGGUACUCCCGGUGCAGGGUUCUGGGCAGUGCCUGCCCGGCCGGAUUUCUGGAGUUUCGCUGCUGCCGCCGCAGCGGCGCCGCCAGAGAUGGUUGUGCAAGCGGCACAGCAACAACAGCCGCAUCAACUGUUUAUGCAACAGCAGGCUAUGGGAGAAGCGUCGGCGGCCAGGGUCGGGAAUUAUCUUCCAGGUCAUCUCAAUUUGUUGGCAUCUUUAUCGGGUGGACCCGGGAGUUCGGGUCGGAGAGAAGACGAUCCUCGUUGAAUUUGGGUUGGAAAUGGUCUGUCGGCGGUGUUGAUAUAUAUAUAAUCCUUAUAUAUUUAUAUAUAGAUAUGAUGUGAAUGUUUAAUUGUUGUUUUCGUGUGUGUGAGAUGAAGAGAGGAUUUUUUUCUAGUUAAUUUUAGGGUUAGGGAUUAGGGUUUGGAGGAAUUUGGGAAGCUUUAAGUAUGGAUUCAAUUAGGGUUUUAGUGCUUUGUUUGAUGAUUAAUUAGGGUUUUAGGGUUUAAUUGUUUAGGUUUCCGGAGAAGGGGAGUGGAAAUUUCAAGUCUCUGGCAAAACAUUUGAAGGGAUUUUCAGAAAUAACGUUGUUAUGCAAAGUCGUGUGGCUUAUUUUUUUCAAGCUUGGAGACAUCCUUCUACCUAGAUGAGUAAAUUGUAUGUUGUUUUUUAUUGUUUGCCAAAUUAGUAGAUGAAGAUUGUACUAUUUUGGUGUUGCAACACUAUGCUUGCUGACUAGGGUUUGAAAAAAUAAAUGGGUGAUUAAGCAUGGUAAUCAAUAAGUUAAAAAUUUGGGAUUCUUUUUGGUAUUGGGUGUCACCAAAUUUGUUAGCAUUUCCUUCUCUUCUAUGGCAAAUGAAAUUUCUGAAUUCCCUGGCUGCAAUUUGGGCAAUUUUUAGAGACGAGUGGUCGAUGAUUCUUCGAUUUAAUUUGAUGUUUUGCCCAUGAAUACUUGAUACAGAAGAACGGUUAUAUGAUUUAGCAUGGUUGCGGAUGGCC